CCCAACCCGACUCACCCAACGCGACCACCUAAGUAAAAUGGCAGUUAUAGCAGUAGCAGGUGGCACCGGCGGGGUCGGCAAGACGAUAGUCGAAACCCUGGUCCAAGAAACCACACACAAGAUCAUUAUCUUGACUCGCAGCCCCCCCAGACAACCUCCAUCACCCCACGAGAACCGCAUUCAGCACCUGCAAAUCAACUACGACAACAUUCCCGAACUCGAAACUCUCCUGACGUCCAAUAACAUCACAACCAUCAUCUCCGCCAUCGGCAUCACCACGGAAGAAACCUGCCAAGCACAGCUGAACCUGAUCGAUGCAGCGGAGCAAUCUCCCACCGUGACUCGCUUCAUUCCAAGCGAGUACUCGUUUAUUCAAACAGAAGAGCUCCUACCAAUCGACCCCUCUAUCAAAUAUUGGCUCGCAGCAGCCACCAAAUUACAGCACUGCACCUCCUUGAAAUCCACCCGGGUGAUUCCGGGCUUCUUCAUGGAUUACUGGGGCAUGCCGCACGCGCGCACGCACCUGCAGCCGGGGGUGUUUGGGAUUGACGUUGAGCACUGCCGGGCGGCGAUCCCCGGGGACGGGAACGAUCGGCUGUGUAUGACGUACAGCUACGACAUGGCACGGUAUCUGGUACAGUUGUUGGAUGAUGUGGAGGAGGAGUGGCCGGAGUUCAGUGUUGUGGUUGGGGAUGCGGUUACGUAUAAUGAGUUGCUGGGGAUGGUGGAGGAGGUUCGAGGUCGGAAGUUUUCCGUUGUUUAUGACAGCGCCGAGAAGAUCAACCAGGGCCAGGUCACUGUUCCCGCCGUUCCGCCAGGCUACACCGAGGAGGAAGCCCACGAGGUAACUCAAUUGGUCAGUCGAUUGACGAUCGCCAAGGUGUUUGACCUCCCGAUCGAGGGGCGGUUGAACGCGAGGUUUCCGGAUAUCAAACCGCUCAGGAUGAAGGAAUUUCUUGAAAGGGCCUGGCGUGGGAGGGAUUGAUGUACGUGAGUCAUAGUACUACCCCUGUCGCAGUAUAGAUCUUAUAUUGUUGCAAAGGCAGCAUGAAGGCUUACAAAGAUAUCUUGUAUAUGCUGCUGUUCAAGUCGGUUUACCUACUGCUAUAAUGUAUCUUAGUUCAACAACACAAUCUGAAACGUCUAGGACAGCAUUUUAUUCAACCAGACCAUUUCGUAUGGGCUUAAAGGGGCUGAGGUCAUUUGCAUGGUGAUAGCCGGGGGAGUUAGAUGGUGGGGAUAGCGGAGCAGGAGCAAAUCCACUGCGUUCUAUACACAUUUUGGCGAUCGAAAUCUAUGUGCGAUAAA